CAAAUACUAAGCAGGCUCCAGGUCGUCCUUCCUAUUCCUUAGCCGCGAGCACGAAGGCUCGGACCUCAUUUCUGAUCUUGUAUCAAACCUCUCUCCUUGCCGUCUACAGUCAGCCUUUGCGUGAAGGCACAGGUGACCGAGCAAACAUGGGGUCGAUUGAGGGAGUCAACAGUGCCAUACAGCUGCCUGUCAUCGACAUCUCGGAAUUUACAAUUGAGGUUGGAAAGCGAGUAUUGGACGCCGCGACCAAAUUCGGCUUCCUCUACGUCGACACCAAUGGCACAGGCUUCACGGAGAGUAUGGUGGAUCGCGAAUUCGAAUUCUCGCGGCAGUUUUUCGCCCUGCCUGAAGAAGAGAAAGAGCCUUGUCGCAUCGACAGUACGAAUCGGGGCUGGACAGGAAUGCACGACGAGAUCCUUGAUCCUAGGACACAGCGCAAAGGCGACUUCAAGCAAGCAUUCAAUAUGGGGGAGUUCCUGAAUGGAAAGCCGCAACAACCCAUGCCCAAACUCCUCAAGAGCCAUCUUGAUGAGCUGGCCGAGUUCGAGAGGACGUGCAAGCAGGUCUGCGACCGAGUGCUUGAUCUUCUCGGGCUGGGACUCGAAGUUGAAGAGCCCAACUUUUUUUCAUCACGGCACACCCAACCCAGCGGGUGCAUUGUCCGCCUCCUGCACUAUCCUGCCAUCCCUGCCGACGUGGACUAUCAACCAGAUGUCGAUGUCAGAGCUGGCGCCCACUCCGACUACGGAAGCAUCACCUUGCUGUUUCAGCGACCCUCACAGCCUGGCCUCCAGAUCCGAACCCCGGAGGACACGUGGGCUCCUGUUCCGGUUAUCCCUGACGGAUAUCACUCAACCACAUUCCCGCCUAUCCUCGUCAACAUUGCUGAUUUGCUGUCUUAUUGGACCAAUGGAAUCUUGAAAAGCACAGUACACCGAGUCAUCUUCCCCAAGGAAGCACGAAGAGGAGGGGAGGACCGGUACUCAAUAGCGUAUUUCUCACAUCCAGGGAACGACGUCGAGUUAACACCGGUGCCGAGUAAAAUGGUAGCGCAGCACAAGCUGGACGAAAACCAGAAGGUGGGAUAUGGAGGAGGAGCUACGAGCAAGCGAGCCAUGACCGCGAAGGACCAUCUCUUGUCUAGGCUGGACGCGACGUAUGGUUUCAGAGGCGCACAGACCAAGGAGGUUGACAGCACUGCUUAGGGUGGAAAAUUCGUCUCUUUCUCUUUCCAUGGCCGGGCAAUUAUCGCUUGUUGGUGGGUGGAUGUAGUCAAGUACUUGAAAGCAUGGACCAGGCCACAGCCAACUUUGAUACAGCCUCACGCCUCCGCGGCUACGGCUAUCCACC